AUGGCUGCCAUCCCACUUCGAAUAAUUACCUUAAAUGAAGUUCAAAAACAUAAUAAACCAACUGAUUUGUGGAUGAUUAUACAUGAUAAAGUUUAUGACGUUACUAAAUUUUGUCAUCAACAUCCUGGUGGUGUUGAAGUUUUAAUUGAUUGUGGUGGUCAAGAUGCAACUGAAGCUUUCAGAGAUGUAGGUCAUUCAGAUUAUGCAUUAACAAUGUUAAAUCCUUAUAUAUUGGGUGAAAUAAAUAAUAAUAAACCAUCUGAAACUAAAUCAUUCGAUGAUGUAAAAAAUAACAAUAAAGAAGAAGGUACAAAAAUGGGUUUACUACUACCGAGAUUUUCAAUUUACCAUAUAAACAUUUUUAUUAUUAUAUUAUUGAUAAUUUGUAUUAUAAUUAUUCAAUUAAUUAAAUGGGGGAAUUUGUAG